UUUGCGUGCUUGUCAUCUGUUUCUUGUCUACAUUUGGCGUACCGUACGUUCCGUUUAAUGAAUGUGUCAGUUGAAUAGCCGUGCUAAGAAACCAGAAAUCUCAAAUUUUAUAGUUUAUAUGUAUUGUUUUAAUAUAUCAGUGGAAAAAACCUGAACAUUACACCAUCAGCGGUAAUUAGCUAUGGAAAUGGCAGCUGGAUAUCUUCAAGUCGGACUAAGCAUAAAUAUAAAAAGAACCGAUGGUCGCAUUCAUUCAGCCAUCGUUGCUGCCAUCAACAAUGAAAACCGAUGUGCAACGGUGGAGUGGUUUGAACAAGGUGAAACAAAAGGAAAGGAAGUAGAUAUGACCGCUAUAGAAUCUCUCAAUCCAGAAGUAAUUAUUUUGAAGCCUGGCGAGGACCCAAAAUUCAACAAAUUGCAAAGGGAUUCAUCUGGAUUUUCAGAGGAAGACCUAAGUGCAUCUUUGGCGCAGUCUGGUCGCUGUAGCGACGACGAAUUUAACAGUAAUCAAUUUUCAAUGCAAACUACUUCCCUUCAGAACCCAACUCAUAGACAAAUAAGCGGAAAACCUAAUAAUGGAAUACCCAAACCAACAAAUACUCAGGUGUCACUCAUACCACCACCAAGUAGUAAUGGGCAUUCGAAUGUAUUACCUGACACUAUUGUUUCAAAUACUUUAUCAAAUGUGCCUAGUAUUCCUUCCUCUAGAAUAACAAACAUACAUGUAACGAAUUCACGACGAAGUAAUGUAGUAAAAGAGGUAGAAAAGCUAAAAAAAAAUCGGGAAGAACGUCGACAGCGACAGGCUGAAGAAAAGGAGGCAAAAGAGGCAUUUUUGAAGAUGGAUCCAGGAAACCCGCAUUGGGAAUUACUGAACAUGAUAUUGGAAUGUCGAAGGGGUCUUGAAAUUAAACCACUUUCUGAAAAUGAUGCAAUUGAAGAUCAUCUUAUUACCGUUUGCGUUCGAAAGCGGCCUCUAAAUAAAAAAGAAGUCGCGCGAAAAGAAGUAGACGUUAUUACAAUACCUAGCAAAAACCAAUUAAUUGUCCACGAGCCAAAAAAUAAAGUAGACUUAACUAGAUACUUGGAAAAUCAACUUUUCCGCUUUGACUAUGCUUUUGACGAAUCCUGUUCAAAUGAGUUAGUAUACAGGUAUACGGCUCAACCUCUAAUCAAAACACUAUUCGAGGGUGGUUUUGCCACGUGCUUUGCAUAUGGUCAAACAGGUUCAGGUAAAACUCAUACCAUGGGAGGAGAUUUUAAAGGAAAAGAGCAAGAUUGUCAAAAGGGAAUCUAUGCCAUGGUCUCGGCGGACGUUUUUCGAUUGGCCAGUUCCCCAAAAUAUAGGCAAAUGAAUUUGGUGGUUUCAUCUAGUUUUUUCGAAAUAUAUUCCGGAAAAGUGUUUGAUCUUUUAAACAACAAAGCCAAGCUGAGGAUAUUGGAAGAUGGGAAGCAGCAAGUUCAAGUAGUGGGCCUUACGGAGAAAGUUGUCUCGGCAACUGAUGAGGUGUUGAAACUUAUUCAAAAGGGAAAUCAAGCUCGCACGUCGGGACAGACAUUUGCUAAUGCAAAUUCUUCAAGAUCUCAUGCAGUGUUUCAAAUUUAUUUGCGAUCAAAUAACAAUAUGUCAAAAAUUUAUGGAAAAUUCUCCCUCAUCGAUCUGGCUGGUAAUGAAAGAGGAGCUGAUACUUCUUCAGCAAAUCGGCAAACACGAAUGGAAGGUGCUGAAAUAAACAAAUCUCUUUUAGCUUUAAAAGAGUGUAUUAGAGCUUUAGGUCGUAAAGGUCCACAUCUACCUUUUCGCGUUAGUAAAUUAACGCAAGUAUUAAAGGACUCAUUUGUGGGAUCUAAUUCUCGAACGUGCAUGAUAGCCAUGAUAUCACCCGGUGUGAGUUCAUGCGAGCACAGUUUAAACACUUUAAGAUACGCGGACCGAGUCAAAGAGCUUGGUGGAGGAGAUCUGCACACUAAUGCAGGUUCAGAGCCUGAGCAAGAAGAUGACGGAGGUGAUAUUUCACAGCUUAGGUCCUUUAACGAAACCGACAUGACUCCGGAAAUGUUGAAUUUUCAUCAAGUUAUUUCUGAACUUCAAGCAGCGGAAGACAACAUGUUAGAAAACCACAAGGCGACAAUUGAAGCUAUACAAAUUGCUUAUCACAGAUCUGUUGAACUUUUACAAACAACGGAAGAAGUUGAUUAUGAUCAAGAAGCGUACUGCAGGAAAUGGGAUGAACUUCUUACUAAUGCGAUUGGGACUCUCUCAAGAGCAAAACAACACGUGGAUGACUACAAAGGUAAACUGGCAGCUGAAGAACAACUUAGCCGCAAAACUACUAAAAGAAAGUAAACAUAUAAUAAAGACCAUUCGAUGAUUAAUUUUAAUUGCUUGUACACUAAUUUUUGCCUUUCAUAGUUUGUUAUUAUUUAUUACUUUACCUGUAUUUUAAUUCACUAAUUUAUACUUAAUAAACUAAUCAAAUGUUCAUACAAAACAUUCCUGUGAAGCAGAUAUUUUGACGCAAAUUAAUUUGUACGCCCAGGUUCAGAUUUUUGACUGUUGAUAUAAACAAAUUUCUAGUUUGUAUUGUGGUACGUUUGAUUUGCUGUUUUUUGUAUUAACCCUUCUUUGUUUCACAUAUAUUGCUUAGUCUUUUUUGACGAUUCCAGUUCUGCAUGGUUUAACUGAAAAGUAUCGUUAAAAUUAACCAGUCAUGAAUCUAGCUUGAGUGCAAUAUAUAUUUUAACAUUGGUUUUUUAAAACAUCUUACACAUUAUAAUCUCAUUAAGAAAAUUUGUUUAGAAUAAUGUACUCUUCCCCUGGAAACACUUGUUGAACUAUAAAUUUAAACAUAUUAAGUAUUGGGUAAGUAAUUGCGUUUUCAAAUGCGCCGUUAUGCAGAUUUUAAAAACUGAAUGCAUUUAUUUUUAAAAAAACAUCAGUGUUUAGUUGUAACUGAUAUAAAUAAAUUGAUUUUAGCACAUACUUUAGUAUUGGCUUGAUAAUACAAAUUACGUUGUUGAAAAAAUAGGAAUAUGAAAGAUUUGUAGAACAUAGGCUGUUUAAAAUCCAAAUAGCACUACAGUUGGCGAAGAUCACCUCAAUUUACAGUGCUAUUUGUGAAAAUGCUCAUAAGUCUUGUAUUAUUGCUUAAUUAUUUGUACAAUGGCAGGAACUGACUGAUUUGUAGUAAUUGUAAAGGUUUAUAUAAAAUUCAACUUGUAUUGUUGUCACGUAUCUAUAUAAUAUGAAGUUAGUGUUACGUAUUUUUGAUAUGAGCAAAAUAAGACAAAAUCCCAUAACGUAUUGAUAAGAUUUAGUCUUCAUGGUUUUUUUAUCUGUUAUCGUGCUAGACAGUUAUCUAUAUUAUCAUAUGCUGGCUUUUUAUCUUGUUUAUCGUCCAUUUGAUUGUGAACUUCGCAUUUGUAUACUUUUCCACUUAGUGUAAUAUUAAUUAUCCAAAGGCUCGUUAAAUAGACAUAUUCAAUAUCCCAGCUUUCUCCGAUUAUUAGUUAUUUUUUUUGCUACAUUAUAAACAUUAGUGCCUUAUUCAUUUAUAUUAUUUUUUACCAGCCUAUAUCUAUAUUCCGUUUUGCUGUGAUUAGUUGUAUUAUAAGCGAUUUGGCUACAUUAGUGUGAUUUUAAGGGGAAGAAGUAUACAAAAUAAAAUGACUACUUUCUGAA